AUGAACCGCAUUGCUCCCGGGACAUCAGAGCUCUAUAUUGCGAAUGCUGAUGGCACCGGUGAACGGCCCCUUCUCUCCAACCCUAUCUACGAAUACCAUGCCACCUUUUCCCCCGAUGGAGAAUGGAUCACCUUCACCGGAGAACGGAACGGUGAUGGUAAUUCGGAUAUAUACCGCGUCCGGACAGACGGGUCUGACCUUGAGGAGUUGGUAGCAACGUCGUCGGUGGAAGACGGAGUCGUCAUGUCUCCGAAUGGAAAGCAAAUAGCCUAUGUAUCUACUGCCAAUGGCUACAAGGCCAACAUCUGGGUCAUGGAUCUGGAGAGUGGCAAGAAAUGGAACCUCACGGACACUGCCUCGACCGCCGCCGAUGAUUCUCUUCCUAAUGGCUACUUCCGCCCUUCGUGGUCUCCCGACGGCCAAUGGAUUGCUUUCUCGUCGGACCGUAACUCGGGCUGGUACGGACACGGUGAUCCGAUCUUCCAAGGUGUGACCGGCUGGGAACAUACACAAGAGCUGUCCAUCUACGCUAUUCGCCCUGAUGGAUCUGAUUUCCGUCCCGUCGUGUCGAAGCCUGGCUAUUGCCUCGGUUCGCCCAAGUGGUCGCCUAAUGGUGAGCGUAUUCUCUUCUACGAGAUCACUCGUGAAAAUACCUGGAGCGCUCACCGUCCUGAAUCACUCAACUCCGCCAACUCCACCCUUGUCUCGGUGGACUUUGCCACAGGCGCUGACCGCCACGUGGAAGCCGAAGGCGCGGGCGUGAAGAGCUUCCCUCAAUACAUCUCAGACAGCACUAUCGCCUACUUCUCCAAGGGUGCCGGCAUUGAAGGACUCCACACCACUGCCGGUGGAUUUGUGAACACCUCUAGCGAGGUAGUUCGCUCUCCCGCCUGGUCUACAGACGGCAAGAAGGUCGUCUACGAGAAGACUGCCUGGACUGUGCGACCAAUGGACAAGAAGCUAUACAGUUGGGACUCGGAAUGGGAAUACCGCUUCACAGACGUCUUCCCACAGCUAUCCCAUACAAACGCGAUUGCCCUGACCGAGAAACAGCUCGGAAACUCUUCCGUUGUUUCUUUCAACGCCAAUGGAACCAAUGAGGGCCUCAUCUACAAUGUCAUGGAAUCCGGCUUUCUUGACGAAAAGUCUGUCGCUAUGGGCACUGCCGGCGCCUUCAACCCAUCCUGGUCGCCCGAUGGCAAGUGGGUCACCUUUGGAGUAGGCUUCUGGUUCCAAGGCCGCGCAACCAAUGGCGGAUGGCUCGUACGAACCACUGCUAACGGCACAUACUCCGAAGUCCUGACCGAGAGCCAAACAACCCUCACCAGCAACAGCACCGUGAUCAACUCCGGCUUCCCCAGCUUCUCGCACGACGGCAAGAAAAUCGUGUUCCGUAUUUGGGGAGCAAACUCGACUCUGGGCGAUAGGUCCCAGCUUGGACUUCGUCUUCUUGAUCUGGAAACUCGCCAGACGUCCGUCUUGAGUAACGAGUGGGAUAAUCUACCGUCUUUCUCUCCCGACGGAAAGAGAAUCGUCUUCACUCGCAAGACCAGUGAUUACAACUACGAUAUCUGCACGAUGCGUUCUGAUGGAACUGACGUCAAGGUUCUGACUAGCAGUGGUGCCAACGACGCCCAUGCCGUGUGGACUUGGGAUGGUCGCAUUGCUUUCUCUUCUGGCAUGUUCGGCUUCCAAUAUGAGUGUGCUCUCUAUGACCAGACUUUCCAGCCUUAUGGUCAGAUCGUCGUCAUGGAUGCUGAUGGCUCCAAUAAGCGGGUGCUCACUGAUUCUAUCUGGGAGGAUUCGAUGCCUCUCUACGUGCCAAACAGUGCCCUCAAGGCUGAUGCCAAGGUUCACAAGUAA